AAGAAAGCCAGAGCAAGAGAGAGCGAGAGAAGAAGAGGCAAGAGGCAAGGAGUCAGGGGCGAAGGCACCAUGGCCGACGACAUCAGCGUCGGGACGGCCGUGGCCAUCGUGGUCGUGGGCGGUGUCUCCAUUCCCCUCGUCAUCGCCAUCCACGCCUACAGCACCGUCAUGGCGAAAGCGUGGCGGCGGCUGCGUGUCUGGACGCUCGGCGGCGUCACGACCUUGGAGCAGACGCUGAACUACAACUGCGCCCUGUGCCAGUACAGCUUGGAUGCCCGCGAGGAGGUCCGCACGCUCUCUUGCAACCACGUGUUCCAUUUCCGCGCGGGUGAGAAGUGCGUGAAGAACAUCGACUACUGGCUUCGGGAGAACAGCAUGAUCUGCCCGCUCUGCCGGAAGACCCCUCACCCCGUGCUGCCGUGGAAGGCGCCGCCGCCACCGUCGCCAGCUCCCACGCCCGCGCCCGCUCCUGCGCCGUCGCCAUCACCGUUGCCCGCUCCUGCGCCGUUAUCAUCACCGUCUCCGUCGCCGUCGGCGGAGCCACCACUGCCGCUGUCGUCGCCGGUGUUGGAGGAGCCACUACUGCCGCCACUGCAGUAACAUACAUGAUCGUCAGGCAGUCUGGAUCAGUUCUUGGAGAGGUUCUUGAAGGAUUCUUUCGUCAUUUCUGUUUCUGCAUUCUUGGAACUGGUCGAGGUUGUUGCGUCUUGUCUGAUGGUGUGGAUCAGUUCUUGAAGGAUUCUUCGAUGUCUAUCCUUUGCUUUCUUGGAACUGAUCGAGCUCAGCUGGGUUCCUGUUCUUUUGUUCAGAGCUGCGUUCACCUGUGAUGAACUAAACAUCUAAAUGUGUCCAAGAAAUGAUGAUUUGUUAGUUCUCGGAUCAGUUCUAGUGUUCUUACAAAAGCUAA